AUGAGCGGAAUGCUUGAAAAGAAAUGGACUUCAGUAUUGCGACUACAAAAAAAGGUGAACGAUCUCGAAGCGAAACUAGCGGAAGCGGAGAAAGAAAUAAGUCAUGGAGCGCCGUCAAGAGAGAAGCGACAACCAGCAGAGUGGAUUCCACGUCCGCCUGAACGCUUUGCUUUGACUGGUCAUCGAGCGCCGAUCACUCGUGUAGUGUUUCAUCCAGUAUGGAGCGUGAUGGCUAGCUGCAGUGAGGAUUCCACGAUAAAGGCAAGGAUUUGA